CUCCCGACGUGGGUCUUGAACUCAUGUGGACUCUGAGGUUGCGUGUUCUACCUCCCAAGCAGCCAGCUGCCCCAUAAUAUAUUUUAAACAUUUGAUAGAAGGUGUGAUGCCUGCUAAAACAUGGAGGAACUUUGAAAACAGUAUACUAAGUGAGAGAAGCCAGCCACAGCAGACUAUAUAUUGAAUGACCCCGUUUGUGUGAAAUGUCCAGAACAGGCAGAUGGACAGAGACAAAGUAGGUGCUCAGGGAGGCUCCGUGGCCCGGACGCUGCUGGAAGAUGGGACAUUCAGGGUUCGAGCGGUGACGCGGGACCCUAGGCAGAAGGCAGCAAAGGAGCUGAGGCUGCAGGGUGCAGAGGUGGUACAGGGAGACCAGGAUGACGUGGCCAGCAUGGAGCUGGCCCUGACUGGGGCCCAUGCUGCCUUCAUUGUGACCAACUACUGGGAAAACUGCAGCCAGGAGCAGGAGGUCAAGCAGGGGAAGCUGCUGGCUGAUCUGGCCAAGCGCCUGGGCCUUCACUACGUGGUCUACAGCGGCCUGGAGAACAUCAAGAGGCUGACGGCCGGGAGACUGGCAGCAGGCCACUUUGAUGGCAAGGGGGAGGUGGAGGAAUAUUUCCGGGACAUCGGAGUUCCCAUGACCAGCGUACGGCUGUCCUGCUAUUUUGAGAAUCUCCUCUCCUACUUCCUGCCCCAGAAAACCCCUGAUGGAAAGAGCUACUUGCUGAGCUUGCCCAUGGGUGAUGUGCCCAUGGAUGGCAUUUCUGUGACCGACCUGGGUCCUGUGGUGCUCAGCCUGCUGAAGAAGCCGGAAGAGUACGUCGGCCAGAACAUUGGGCUCAGUACCUGCAAGCACACAGCCGCAGAAUACGCCGCACUGCUCUCCAAGCACACCGGGAAGGCCGUGCGCGAUGCCAAGGCGACCCCGGAGGACUAUGAGAAGUAUGGCUUCCCUGGUGCCCGGGACCUGGCCAACAUGUUCCGUUUCUAUGCUCUGAAACCUGACCGUGACAUUGAACUGACCUUGAGGCUCAACCCCAAGGCCAGGACGCUGGACCAGUGGCUGGAGCAGCACAAAGGAGACUUUGCUGGGCUCUGACCCUGCCACCUCUCAGCUCCGUCUCAGGGGAUGGGGAGGUGCAGUCACAGUGACCCGUUCUUGUGUUACAUAAAAAAUUAUUUUUUGAAUAAAGGCCAUUGUUCUCACA